UCCGUGCAAGAAAGAAACUAGCAGGCGGUUCGUGCUGGUGUCAAACGUGCGAGCUCUUUCGCUGAACGUCGGCACUUGGUUUUUGGUCCUACCAGCGAGUGUCAGAACUGUGCCUGUUAUCAACCAACGUAUGUUUGGAUAUCUUUYCCCACUUCAGUAACACACCGUGAGACAGAGAAAGUCCGGUCUGUAGUCUGGGGGGCUCGGUCAGAGGGGAGCGUAUGAGGAGUCAGAGAGCAGAGGAAAUCCCUGACCUGUCCUGAUAACACAGAGCCACACCGGCAACGCACCCGGCAACGCACCCGGGUCACAAAAGGAGACAAACAAGGAGCCCCCACUCCUCCUGCAGGCAUGAGGUCCUUCCGUUCGUUCGGUAAUGAUGACCGACACGUCAUGGCCAAGCACUCCUCCGUCUACCCAUCGUCGUCUGAACUGGAGGCGGUCCAGACCCUGGUGUCCACCGUGGAGGGUGCCCUCAAACACGUCUCUGAUUGGAUAGACCAGAGCAACGUUCAAUCAGUGCAGAGCAACAGCCAGACAGACGCAGCAGUCGGCCAGACAGACGGUCAGUCCGACGCAGCAGUCGGCCAGCCCAACCCCACAGACAGCCCGGUGCCAAAGGAUGGUAGCUGUGACCAUAACGAUAACCCUAACGACGACCUCAUUCUUAGUCCCAGAGCCAGCCCAGAUGACUCCACAGACGGCGGCAGCAGUGAGCCCAGUGGAGGUGUUCUGUGUGGCGUGAUGAGGAUCGGCCUGGUGGCUAAAGGUCUGCUCAUCAAACAGGACAUGGACCUGGAGCUGGUGCUGAUGUGUAGAGAGAAACCUACAGAGACACUGCUGUGUACUGUCUGUGAUAACCUGCCGCUGCAGAUACAGAAGCUAACAGAGGAGAAGUACGAGGUGCACCGAUGCGUGCCAGAGGCGGCCAUCUUGGUGUGUAGCACGACGGAGCCCAAACUCACCCUGAAGGUCACCCUCAGCUCUCCACAGAUGAGAGAAGACAGCGACACGGAUGAACAAAGUACCACGGAUGAACAAGUGGAGGGUGUUGAGCUGUCCGACCCUGCAGACAUGCUGGACAGGCACAGAUGUCUGUUGGCCCUGGCGGCUCUGCGACAUGCCAAAUGGUUCCAGGCCAGAGUAAACGGCUUGAAGUCAUGUGUCAUCAUCCUCAGGAUCCUGAGAGACAUGAGCAAUAGACUGCCAGCCUGGGAAGCCCCACUCAAA